UCAACGCCUUACAGAGAUGUCUGCUGGUCCCUUCUUCUCCAAACACGGAAUACUACUUCUUCUAGGCUCCAUCUUCCAAUAUGGUGUAGGUGUUCCUCUGAUCAUCAACAAGAGAGUGGGGGACUCCGUGGAGCUGCAGGCAGGCUUAGAGACGGGACAUUUCAAAUCCUUGGAGUGGAAGUAUAUGGGAAAGGUUAUUGCAGAAUUCAAUUCAGAUGUUGUAUAUUCACCUGCAUCCCAGUUUGAGGGGAGACUAAAGAUGAACGCCAAAAACUACAGUUUAACAGUCAGAGAACUGACACUGCAAGACUCAGGGGAUUUUCUACUUACAGGCGAAGGGGACAAAGAUCAGAUUGGCAGUAAGACCAUCACUCUGAAGGUCCACGAGCCUAUAUCCAAGGUGGCGAUCCAGACAGACAUCAAGCUCUUGGCCAACCACUCCUGUAUGGUGCUGCUGGUGUGCAAUGUGUCCUCCUACCCCAAUAUUACCUACACCUGGGAGAUAGACAAUGAGAUCUACGGGGAUGCCCAGCAGAUUCACUUCUCUCUCUCACCAGCAGAGAGAGACAUCAGUGUAAAGUGCAACGCCUCCAACCUAGUCAGUUGGAAAAUUGCCUCUGCGACAGUAAAGUGUAGAAAUGACACAACCACCCCAGGACUGGCGUGGUAUACCAUCUACAUCGGAAUAUCAGUAGGAGGCGCUGUGGUGCUGAUCCUCACUUUAGCUGUGGCAGUGUGCUACUGCAGGGGCCGAAGUAACACAGAAGAUCAAACUGAUAACGCAAUAUAUGCUGAUAUUAUGGACAACACAAGAAGUAGAGAUACAAGAUCAAACAGUCAUCUAAACCCAAUAUCCAUCUAUGAACCUGUCAAUGAUCUGAUUAUCCCAAGAUUGAACAAGCCGCAGACUCUGUAUGACAAGAUCGCGUUUGGACGCCCAGAAGGCCCCCAGUCUCCCUAACAGGAAGUACUGUGAGCUGAACAGGAUGUGGUCAUAAGCUGGGCCUUCCAUAGAUAUGGAACCCUCUGCAUCCUCUGCAACUUACACGUGUAUAUUCUGUAGAUAGGCCUAGAUGUUACUGUUAAAUUUCAUCACAAACUACACUAUUUGCUUCUAUUUCCUUCUCCCUUUGAUGAUGCUCAUAUAUACAGUAUAUAAUAAGGCCUUAUAUGUUCCUUUGAAGGCCUAGAAUCAAUUAGAAGAUUCGGAAAUGUGUACUAGGCAGUAGAAGGCGUGGUGAUCAGACAAGCUCAUGUCAAAUUUCUAUUUUCUAGAUGAAAGACAAUUGUUUUAGAUACUAGUAGGACAUUGAUUAGCGAGGUUGAUUUAUGCCUGUGUACUCUUUUGUGUUAUUAUUAUGUGCUCGCCAGGCAUCAAUGAGGUUGUAAUCAGAGAGUAUAUGCUCUAGAGCCUUGGUUGCGUGUUGAUUGUAGAUGGUCUUAUUUGAUUUGUCAGCAUUUCCAAAAUGGCAUUCAUGUCUGUCCCAAUUACCAGAUGUAAUUCAGUUCAUUCUAAAAACAAAUAUGCUGUUCAGAGAAAAACAAAUAAUUAUACCUUAUUUGCAUGCCUUGCGUGCCUUGCAUUUAGAGUGAAUUGUAAUUAACUCUCAUGACUGUAUUUGUUAGUGACAGAGGCAUGAUUGUUGUAUUGAAUGGUUUUCAGUACUGUAGCCUUCACCAAGUGAUUGUCUAAGUGGAUAUGUUAUCUUUAAAAUUAAACUCAUUAUGACACAUUACAUAUAUCAUAUAUCAUAAAGCCCCUGAGGGCCUAGUGACACCCUAACACACUGGUCUGAAACUCCUGGUUUAGUCAAAUUAUGCCGGCUUGCAAAGGGAUGUGUCAUUUCUAUUGGAAUCCAGCCAAAGUUAGGAUAUCCAACCAUUUAAACUUUCAGUCACACGCAACCUGCAUUCAGAAUGACUGUUGGGGUAGGGAAGAUUGAUUUUGAGAAUUUCUAAAUCAUAUAAACUGGAACAAACAUAUCAGUAAUGGGUGAAAUAAGUCCAACUACUAACAGAUUGGAAUAGUUGAGAAAAAUCGAUGUUAUCUAUGUUUGUGUAGCAUAAGAUUAAUCAACCAGUCAUAGUAAAUAUCAAAUCAAAUCAAAUUUAUUAAUAUAGCCCUUAUUACAUCAGCUGAUA